AUGCUCGUUGGACAAUCACGACCGCAUCCCCCUUAUGUGCACGAGUUCUUCCCACCCUUCCCUGAACCACAUACUUACAUCCAUACAGAGAUUUCUGGAGAGCCAGAUUUGAGCUAUGAGGCUGUACGAAAAACAGCGGCUCAACGAAGAAGGGAAAUGGAACGGUCUCUGAUCAAUUAUAUGAUGUGCAUGCACCCACACACUACUUUGUUCCCGCAGUUCGAGUCCAAGAUUCGAAAUGAAGCGAAGCAAUAUCUACGAGAAGUGGAGCGGGAUAAGGAAUUCCGAAAGCAACGCAAAGAAGCUAUCAAAGCAGGAGUUAUCGAAGACAGGUACAACGCAGGCAAUGAAAGCGACGAUUCAGACAGUGACCAAAUGGUGUCUGAUGAGGAUCUCGAAGAAGUGGCAGAAACAGAGAUGAAUUUGGUAUUGCAACGAAUACCUCCCACUUGUACAGUCAUAAAUCCUAUGCCAGAACUACGACCGUAUAUGUCAUGCCUGAGGUCGGACGAGAUGAAGGAGAAAGGGUGA